AGACAGCUAUUUCGAGAUGUCCCCUUCUUCUACCCUUAUUCAUUGUUCAUCAUUUUACUCACGGAUUUCCACUCCUCUGAAUUCAGAAUCUCACCCCACACCACUUUCUCUUCUCUUGCUUUUAUAACUUCCAUAAACUAAACUCUUUUUGUUUUCUUCCUCUUAAAACUCAUCCAUUUCUCAAUCUUCAAUGUUCAACCAACCCCCUUUAAUAAUCCUUAAAAAUUACUCCACCUUGUCAAUUAAUCGAUAAAUAAAUCCAAAAACAUGUUCUAAUGCUUUUUGGUGUUUUCCAGUGAUGUUUAUGUUGUUGAAAAACUCAGAAUUAUAACCCAAAACAACAUAACAUAAAAAAUUAAGAUGACCCUUCUGUUUCGAUCCAUGUCUUGUCGACUCGGCUGCGACUCGGCUAACUCGCCAACGAGUUCCUCUGUUUGGGAACAAGAAGGCGAAUAUGAAGAAACAGAGGAAGACGAAGAGUAUGAUUUUGAAGAAGAAGAAGAUGAUGAAAUUGAGGGUUUUGAGGGCCCGAUAUCAACCCCAUUGAUAGGCCCAUUAUAUGAUAAGAGUAAUAGUAGGAGAGAGAAAGAGAAUGAAAGUGGAAAUGGGCAGUUUCCAAUUCUUGCAUUUAUGGCGGCGGCGCUUAGGAAAUCACUCCUUGUAACUUGUAGUGUGGAGAGAGAAGAUAGUACAAAUGUUUCAUCCUUGGAAAUUAGUUGUCCUACAAAUGUCAGACAUAUUUCCCAUGUUACUUUUGAUCGCUUCAAGGGUUUCCUCGGUUUACCCGAUGAAUUUCAGCAUGAUAUCCUUAAACGGGUUCCUAGUGCAAGUGCAAGUGUGUUUGGUGUUUCUCCUCAGUCGAUGCAGUGUUCUAUUGACGAGAGAGGAAAUAGUGUGCCGACUAUACUUGUAAUGAUGCAAAAGCGCCUGUAUAAGGACGGAGGCCUUGAAGCAGAAGGAAUAUUUCGAAUCAAUGCUGAAAAUAGCCAUGAAGAGAGUGUUCGGAAUCAAUUGAACAAAGGGGUUGUUCCACAGGCAAUUGAUGUUCAUUGUUUGGCUGGACUAAUUAAGGCGUGGUUUAGAGAACUGCCAAAAGGAGUGCUUGAUUGUCUUACACCAGAACAAGUAAUGCACUGCAAUACAGAAGAUCAGUGCACUCAACUUGUGAAACUUCUUCCACCAAUGGAAGCUGCACUCCUUGACUGGGCCAUUAAUUUGAUGGCAGACGUCGUGCAGAAUGAACAUCAUAACAAGAUGAAUGCAAGGAACAUUGCCAUGGUCUUUGCCCCAAACAUGACUCAGAUGGCUGAUCCAUUAACAGCACUGAUCCACGCCGUACAAGUGAUGAAUUUUCUCAAAACUUUGAUCAUGAAAACUGUCCAAUCAAGGGAAAACGCUGCUGCAGAGAAAGCAAGGAUGAUGUCAUCAUGCUCGGACUCCCCGAACACAAUUAGCAGCAAUCCACACAAGUCCAUCUCAAUCGGAGAACUGAUUUUUGAGAAGCAGCAAGACGACGACAACAACAACAACAACAACAACAACAACAACAACAACAACACCAGUGGUAGUGAUCAAGUGCACAGCAUAAAGUUUAUGAGAAGUGUAACUUUAGACGACGAAUUCAGUCCUGAAAAAAAACAUAGAAAAUCUCAGGAGAAAAGCAAUGAAAGAAUCGCAUAUUGCUCGAUUUCGCAUGACAGUUCUCCAGUGGCUGCCAUAUCAGGAGAUGAAGAUAGAGAAGUGGAAGGGAUAUUGGAAAGAUUAAAAUUCAGAAAUGGGGUGAAAAAACUUUGCAGGCAUCCUGUUUUCCAGUUGAGUAAACCUACCAAAAAAACAGCUGAACUUGGGAUUGUAAAUAGUAGAUGAGAUAAGAAAAUAAUCACUGCCCAGUUUAGAGUGUGACCAGUCUCUAUAUGUUACUCUAGGAUAUGAUUUAUAUGAGUGCUUAAUUUGCUUACAGAAUUCAGAAUUCUUUGAUUUGUGGUGAUUUCUCUGAGUUUGAUGUAAUUUUUUUUUUAAUAGGAGCUAACCCAAGGGUUUCAGUUUCAGGUGAAUAAUCAUUGUUAGUACAAUAUUUUCCGACCUGGAAUGUUUCCUUAGUACUCCGUAUAUAUAUGUUUGAUCUUCAUAAAAUCAUCAAUAUAUGGUAUUGAACAAGUUUGGGAUAA